CAGGAGGCGACAGCAGCGGGGACACUGGCUUUCUCGGCGGCUUCCAAGAAGUGGCAAUGCUGCUCAACUGCCUUGGGAGCCAGUCGGUGGUGAGCGAUUCUCCGGGACGCCACCAUGCCCACCCUUCUGCUCAGGCCUCGCUGCCCCUCGCCACGCCGAGCGACAGGAAAGCGUCUGCGCUCCCGACCGCUACAAGCAUGAAGAGGGCGACUCCCCUCAGCAGCGGAAGCCUGCAGCACCUUCGGGUGGCCUCGGAUAAGCUUGGGGAGGAGUCAGAGCGCGAGGCCUUGCCAAAUGAAGGCCCAGGCGUUCAUGAUCUGGUCCUGUGCCCGCCUGCGUAUUGCCACCACAGGAGUGAGCCUCACAAAAGCAACUCCCUGCCUAGGCCGCGGGCCGCCACCCUCGUCAUCAACAGCGUGAAAGAUGAAAGCUUGGACUGCGUCACGCGAAGACUUGCCGAGACAUACCAUCAUUCCCUCAGGAGAUACAAGAGCGUAGGCUGCAGAACCGAGGCUUCGGGGUCCUGUUGCGCGCCUUCUCUAGAAGGCUUCGAAACAACCCAAUCUGUGGCGCUGCUCCGACCGCAGGAUGUGUGUCGUGCCUGCAUCACCGUCUCGCUCCGGCACCAAGAGAGAGCAAAGCCACAUAGCAUCCCUUCCCGGAGCUUAUCUGCCUCGACCGUAUCCUUCCUCGCCGCGGCCCCAGCUCCCCCUGCCCUUCCCUCUCCCCCUUCGACAUCCCUGAAUAAUCAGUUCGUCCAGCUCCUUACCCGUGCACAGGCGCGACACGCCUGCAAGGGGCCUACAUGUGCCACUUCGCUGGAGUGUGGUUGCGGCCGUGCCCGCGCGCCCUCCUCCGAAGUGUGCGAUGCCCCGGGGCCUUCAGAGCGACCCUCCGCCGCCAAGACCCCGGCGCCCGGCAGGACAUAGCACCGACGAAGCCGCUCGGGGUGUGUAAAGUGUACGUGCCUGUGUUGAGUGUAAAUGUUUUGUACUGUAAGAAGCGUCUCCAAGACUCGAAACUCUGCCUUUCACCUUCGGUGUAUGUCAGUCGUAUAAAAGUUUCAUACUGAAUUCAUCUUCACCUGCAUCAUAAUGUCUAGCCAUAAUUUUUACUUUUGUAAAUCUGUGUGAAUACAAUUUGUAAGAAUAAAACAGAUAUAACAU